AUGCAAGCCAUUAAUCCUGUCGAUGUUCAUGUGGAAAGCGAACUACGUGAAGGAAAGGUUGUAAAGAAGACGAUGAAAAAUUCGACUAAUGUGCAUCGAACGACACCUCGAAUGCGUACACAAGUUGUUAAUAAGACGAGGACCAAGAAAACGAAUGGCGCAUCAACAUCCUUACCUCUACUUCCGAAACAAGUUGUUACACCAAAACUAGCCUUACCAGUUCGUUCACCGAAUUCCUCGCCGAAUCGAGGACCAUGGGUUCCACCACCAGGCCGGUCAACUAAAGGGCAAAAGGUUUCUUGGCAGAGUCCGGAAUGUCGUUUGGAAAUCAAUCCAGUCAUGGAGUUCAUCGUCGAUGACAACGACGGGAAUCAAUCGGACAAGCGAAUUUCAUCGAGUCCUUCCCAGUCGACGACUAAAAAUGAGAAACUAUUGGGAGAAAUUCAAAGCUAUGAGAAACGUAUUCAAGGUCUUGUCGAUGGAAUUAGUAUGCUCAAAGAACGAAUUCGUAAUCACAGUACUACUGAUCAAACAGAUCAACUUCGCUCGGAUAUUGACUCUUCCUUACAUGAAUUAGAACACCUGCAACAAGAUUAUACGAAACGAAUACCUAAACCAACAACGAAACCGUCUCGAUCACGAUCACUGUCACCAAUACGAAAUAAAUACCGUUCAUCCAGCGCUGAUGAUCAACGAAAAAACCGAAUUAGAAACGCACGAGUUUCCUUUCUUGAUGAUCCAAUCAUUUCAAAACGAAGGGCUCGCAGUACAACACCGAAAAGAGGCCCAAUUCAUUUAAAUCCGGAUCGAGAACGAUUAUUAAUAUCAUUAACAGAAUCAGAAGCAGAUGUCACACAUAUUACUCAACAAAUAUCUUCAGUUAAAGAUCUUCUAACAAAACUGAAAUUCGACAACCAUCCAUUAUCGUUUGAAGUUGAUCAACUGUGCCAGCAUCGGAAUGAACUCUUACAUUCGAUCGAACAAUUUGAACGUUCAAAUAGUAAACUGAAAGAAUUCCUUCGACAUCAAUAUCAUCUCGAAGCGGAAGAUGGAAUGAUGAACGAACAUUAUGACACACUGAAAUCGCGUGUUCACGAAUUAGAAAAUGAAAAUGAGCAAAUUCGUCGUCUAUUGUUAAACCGCGAGAAUGAUAAUAUUGCUCUGCAAAAUGAACUAGAGCGUACAAGAACGCACGCCAUUGGUUUCGACACGAUGAAAACAUCAUUAGAGCAUAAUCGCGCUCACCUUCAACGAGAAUUAUACGCACGCGAAGGAGAAAUUAAUCGACUACGAUGUGCGCUACGAAAAUUAGAACAUGAUCACCUCCGUCGGCCGAGAAAGCGUUCGCCGACGUACUCAAUCCCAUCGCGUCCUUCGUCUUCAACUGCUUCGAACGCACACAACGCAAUAACGAUUGAAAAACUACAAGCUGAUCUUCACAGCCGUGAUCAUGAAAUCGAUGCAUUGAAAAGAAAGUUCUAUGAGAACAAAAAUGAACAAACGGAUGAGACAAAUCCCGAAGUUAUCCAACUACGUGCAAAACUUGAACAAGCAGAACGCUUAGUCGAUGAAUAUCGCGCACAGUUGCAUACUGAAACAUUGAAAACAUCAGCAAAUAAUAGUAAAAAUCAUCUGUCGGAACUUGAAUUAGAAAGAACACGUGCUCGUUUACAACGGCGCAUCGAAGAACUGGAACCCUUACCUGCACUAUUGAAACAAGUCGAACUAAAAAACGACAAACUCCAGCAACAUAUUCAAGAUCUGGAAAAGCGUUCUAAUGAACGAAUAACUCCUUCCAACGAUCGACUCAUCGGCACUUAUUCGUCGUACGAGACUGAUACGCAAGCUCUUCAAAGAAAAAUACGAACUUUAGAAGAGCAAAAUAACAAACUGUCACAAACACUACAUGCAAAAGAAGAAGAACUGCGAUUAGCGCAAUCUCGUUUGAACUCCAAGCCAUACGACUUCACGUCAACUAGUAAACAAAGCGACACAUUUCCAUCGAAAGAAACUCUUUUCCAAAAGAAUACUUACGAUCUUGAACAACAGAUUUCCAAGCUUCAUCUCGAAUAUGCCCAACUGAAACGAGAGAAAGAAGAACUCGAACGCAACUUCAAAACUCAACUAAGUGAAUUGCGUGACAAGCUAGAACGAUCAAAUAGUUCCACUCGAGCCAUGCAAACAUAUGUGAAUUCGCUUAAAACAACAUACACAGCUCUCUUCAGCGAUACAGUUCCAACAUCUUUCAAUCAAUAUACAACAACAACUUCCACAUAG